AUGUCCGAUGCAAAUUUGAAUUUUGUUUUAUUUUGGAUCAGCCAUGUCAUUUCAGUUAUUCAAAUCAUUUUUGGGACAUUUGGAAACUUUUUUAACAUCAUUAUCUUCACUCGUCGUACCUUACGAAGCAAUCCAUGUUCAACGUAUUUUCUAGCUGCUUCUGUUAGUAAUUUAUUUGAAAUCUACACUGUCAUACUUUUCAAUUAUUUUGGAAUCAAUUGGAAUUGGUUUCCAUCGAAUACAAACGAUGCUUGGUGUAGAAUAAGUCACUUUUUGAUCUAUUCUUUCGUUCCUCUCGUCUUAUGGUUCAUUGUACUUGUUAGCUUUGAUCGAUUUCUAACGAGUUCACUGAAUGCAAACACUCGAAAGAUAAGCACUCUAUCGCUUGCUCGGAAAAUGACAGUGAGCACUAUGAUAUUGUCUUUUGUGAUGUUUGGGCAUUUGGCGUUUCUUGUCAAAUCGAUUAAAGUCGAUAAUGACAGUUAUUGCACUGUUCGAUCAUCCACCUAUACUAUAUUCUACAAUGUUAUGUUCGUUAUCGUUGGGAACGUUUUACCGGUUGUAUUAAUGGCCUUUUUUGCGAUAUUAACAGUGCUUAAUAUGGGCAAAGUUCGGAGCCGUGUUACUCCCAAAGUUAACAACAUGCCGAAUCAACGACUGCGUUCUCGAGAUCAUCAAUUUAUGAGAAUGUUGUUAUUUCAAGUGUUAACUACUAUUCUGAUUUCAAUUCCAUUUUGCUGUGUUAGCAUGUACAACACAUUCGCUCGUAUUCUGCUUGAGCAGCAACUUUCACCAUCAGAAACAGAAAUCAUCAAUUUUACAGCGAAUUUCUUAGGCAUACUUUACUAUACCAACUCUGUCACUGGAUUUUAUGUCUAUACUCUGACUGGUCAUAAAUUUCGUGUUGAAUUCAAAGUUUGCAUCAAGCAUGGACUAAGUGUCAUUUCGACCGUAAUUUGUCUACCAUUGAAAACUCAACAAUUUAUAAGUAAACAUCAACGAGGAAAUCAUGUUCGUCCUGUUCAACAGCGACCAGCAGUCAUCACAACUACUGUUUAG